UUUGUCAUCUUUACCAUUUACCAUUCAUUAUUUACUAUUCACCUCCGAAUAAUCAUGACUGUCAUGGCGGAAGGAGAGGUUGAAAUCACAGAGGGUUGUCGACUACCAGUUUUGCUUCGAAAUGGAGACGGUUGGCAUUGGGCAGAAAUACUUGGCAAGAAGGAGGUUAAUGACAAGCCAUUGUUCUAUGUCCACUAUGAUGACUUCAAUAAGCGUCUUGAUGAGUGGGUUCCUGAAGAGCGUCUGGAUGUCAGCAAGCUGGAGUACCCCAAGAAGGACCAGAAGACGCCCAAGAAGGAAGUCGGGAAAGUAGGCACACCCAGCAGCCGACCAGGCAGCCCAGAGUCCAUGGUGAAUGGUUCCAGUAUGUCACAUCCCAAAAAAGCUUCUGGAGCCAGUAGGAAAAGGAAACUGGAAGAUGAUAUUGUUGAUCCUGUGUCUUUACCGGCCACGCCACAUUCAUUUAGCAUUGCGGAUGAGCGUGGCAGCAGAUCGGGAACCCCCUCUAUACCACAUGUCGGCUCUCUUCAAGAUUUAAACCUGGAUGGGACUGCCCUGCCCUCUGCGCCACGCCAGACAGGCAGCAUGGUGGCUCACCAUGACGACGCAAUCACCCGCAUGAAGAAUGUGGAGCUCAUAGAACUUGGAACCUACCGCAUACGGCCCUGGUACUUCUCACCUUAUCCACAGGAGUUGACAUCCGUCCCUAUAGUUUACAUCUGUGAAUACUGCUUAAAAUACGUGAAAAGUAACAAAUGCUUAGAAAGACAUUUAGCUAAAUGUUUACUUAGACAUCCACCUGGGAAUGAAAUAUACAGAAAAGCUAAUAUAUCAAUAUUUGAAAUAGAUGGACGAAAAAAUAAGAAUUAUGCUCAGAACCUGUGUUUGCUGGCCAAAUUGUUCCUUGACCACAAGACCCUCUACUACGACACAGACCCUUUCCUAUUCUAUGUGUGCUGUGAGAUGGACAACAAGGGAUACCACAUUGUGGGAUACUUCUCUAAGGAGAAGGAAUCAUCAGAAGACUACAAUGUGGCAUGUAUCCUCACACUGCCCCCCUAUCAGAAGAAAGGAUUUGGGAAACUGCUAAUAGAAUUCAGUUAUGAGCUGUCCAAAGUGGAAGCUAAGACGGGCUCACCAGAGAAACCCCUAUCAGAUCUGGGCCUGCUGUCGUACCGCAGCUACUGGUCCCAGACCAUCACAGAGAUCCUGCUGGGACUGAAGCCUGAGGAGGGCAAUGAGAAACCACUCAUCACAAUCAAUGAGAUCUCAGAGCUGACGUCCAUCAAGAAGGAGGACGUGAUCUCCACGCUGCAGCACCUGAACCUGAUCAACUACUACAAGGGCCAGUACAUCAUCGUGCUGUCCAGGGAGCUUCUCAAGUCCCACUACAAGGCCAUGUCCAAGAGGAAGAUCAGGAUCGACCCCAAGUGCCUGCACUGGCAGCCCAAGGACUGGAGCAAGCGCGGCAAGUGGUGAACCCAUCGGAGUUAAGUUUUGAAAAAACUGGGCUUAACGCAGUCCACACAGGCUAAUUUGGGACGACACUCUCUGCUUUUCUGAGUUUUUGGAAAACUGGUCUUAAUGCAUGUGCCUUAGGUGCUAUCUUAGAUUAGCCUAGUCAGUCCACACAGGCUCAUCAGGGAGGAUACUUUCCGCCAAA